UCUAUUACUGCAUAGUUCAAAUUGGUAGACAAGCUAUAUUUUGUAUCUCUUAAACAGAAUAUCAAUGAGUAGUAAAUCAUCGAACAAUUUUUCGAAAAAAAAUGGAUUAUUCAAAAGAGCGGAAUUAGCGAUAAUUGAUAAAAUUAUACCGAAAACUCAUUUUUCAGAAAAUGAUUUUAAAUACCUACUGAAAGUUUUCAGAAAAUAUGCCAGUCAAGGUCAAUUCAUCGAAAAGACUGAUUUUCUAGAAAUGUUGCAUGAAACUUUCGGAUAUACUGAGCAUUUUUUCAUGAAUCGAGUCUUUAUACAAGCCGACACAAAUAGAGAUGGUCGUAUUAGCUUAUCGGAGUACAUAAAUUUGUUGUCUUUGUUAUUGAAAGGAACAAAGGAAGAAAAAAUAAAAUUCUGCUUUCAAUGUUAUGACUUGAAUGAAACAAUGCAACUCAGCCGAGAUGUAAUCAUCACCCUCUUGAACCAGACGAGCACAGAAGUAAGUGAUUUUUACAUCCAGUUUUAG